AUGACAACGAGUGAUUUUGUAUUAAAUGAUAGUGAAAGCGAUGUUGAUUCAGAUGAAGAGUUACAAGAGGCCUUUGCUAAGGGAUUAUUGAAACCUGGGAUCAAUGAAGAAAUCGAGAAAGUUGAAAAGCGGCACGUUAAUAAUAUCGCAGACUUGAAAGCGAAAUUGAAAGAGUUUGAACUGAAACUACCAUGGGUAGAAACCUUAGACUUGGUGACCAGCGUAGCCCCAAUGGCUCCUGAUGUAGCAUUACAAAUUCAACAAACAGCACAACGGAGAAAAAAUUUACAAGAAAAUACUAAAAGUAAGCAACUAUAUGACCCAGCAAGUGACCCAGUAUUGAAUGAGUUCAAGAGAGAGAAUCUUAUACAUCGGCAGGCACAAGCUGCUGUUCUUGAUGGCAUAAAACGUUUAAAGGAACUUAACAUACCAACUAGAAGACCUGAUGACUACUUUGCUGAAAUGGCAAAGACAGAUGAACACAUGCAAAAGGUCAGAAAGAAUCUUAUGGCCAAGCAAGCAGCCCAAUCGAGGGUAGAAAAAGUGAGACAACUAAGAGAACAGAAAAAGAUUGCAAAGAGAGUUCAGAUCGACACAAAACUAAAGCAAGCUGCUGAUAAAAAGCAUAUGUUGGAACAAUUAAAACGAGUCAGAAAGGGUAAAUCAACUGAUCUAGACUUUUUGGAUGACAAAAAGGGUAAAGGUAACAAGGGUAAAGAUGCCAUGAAAGUCAACAAAAGGAGGGCAAUGAAAGAUCAGAAAUUUGGCUUUGGUGGGAAAAAGAAGGGCUCCAAAUUAAAUACAAGGGAAUCUUCGAGUCAGAUGGAUGGCUUUAAUAGUUCAGCUAAGAAGAAACCGUUCAACAUUAAAUCUAAACAAUUUAAACCUAAUAAUAAAAAGAAGAAUCAGAGACCAGGUAAAUCUAAGAGGAAAGGUGGUAAGAGAUAA